UCCAAGUAAACACUAAACAACAGCACUAGUAGAUUUCCCAAGUGACAAGUUUGGUGCAGGAUGGAGCACCAGGGACACGGCACCGGCGAGAAGAAGAGCAUCAUGAGCAAGAUCAAGGCGAAGCUCUCCAGCAGCCACGGUGAUCACCAGCAGGCCGCUGCCACCCACGGGCAGCAGGGACACACCACUACGGGGACGCAUGGCACCCCGGCCACCGAUGGUGCCUACGGGCAGCACGGACACACCGGAGCCACCGGCACGGGGAUGCACGAUGCCGACACCGGCGAGAAGAAGGGCGUCAUGGAGAAUAUCAAUGACAAGCUCCCUGGUGACCACGAGGACCACCAGCAGACUGGUGGCACCUACGGUCAACCGGGGCAGACUGCCGCGGCGACGCAUGGCGCCUCAGUUACCGGCGGCACCUAUGGCCAGCAGGGAAACACCGGUAUGGAGACACAUGGCGCCCCGGCCACCGAUAGUGCCUCCAGGCAGCACGGACACACUGGGUCCACCGACACGGUGAUUCACGGCACCGACACCAGCGAGAAGAAGGACGUCGACAAGCUCCCUGGUGGCCAUGGGGACCACCAGCAGACUGGUGGCACCUACGGGCAGAAGGGACACACGGCCGCGGAACCGCAUGGCGCCUCAGCAACCGGCGACACCUAUGGCCAGGAGGGAAACACCAGUACGGGGACACAUGGCGCCCCUGCCACCAAUGGUGGCUACGGGAAGCACGGACACACCAGGACCACCGGGACGGGGAUGCACGGCGUCGAGACGGGUGAGAAGAAGGGUGACGUGGAGGACAUUGAUGACAAACUCCUUGGUGGCCAUGGGGACCACCAGCAAACUGCUGGCACCUACGGCCAUCAGGGACACAUCGCUACGGUGACGCAUGGCACCUCAGCCAUCGAUGACACGUAUGGGCAGCAGGGAAACACCGGUACGGGGACACAUGCCGUACCGGCCACCGAUGGUGCCUAUGGGCAGCACCGACACACCGGGGCCACCGGCACGGGGAUGCACGGCACCAACACGGGCGAGAAGAAGGACGUCAUGGAGAACAUCAAUGACAAGCUCCCUGCUAGCCAUGGGAACCACCAGCAGACAAGUGGCACCUACGGGCAGCAGGGACACACCGAUGUGGCGACGCAUGGCCCCACAGCCACCAGUGGCACCUAUGGGCAGCAAGAAAACACUGGUACGGGGACACAUGGCGCCCCUGCCAUCCAUGGUGCCUACGGGCAGCACGGACACACCGGGGCCAUUGGGGCGGGGCUGCAUGGCGCCGACACGGGAGAGAAGAAGGGCGUCAAGGAGAACAUCAAUGACAAGCUCCCUGGUGGCCACGGGGACCACCAACAGACUGGUGGCACCUACGGGCAGCAGGGACACACCGAUGCGGCGACGCAUGGCGCAUUAGCCACUGGCAACACCACUGUGCAGCAAGGAAUCAUCGGUACGGGGACACAUGGCGCCCCGGCCACCGAUGGUGCCUACGGGCAGCACGGACACACCGGAGCCACUGGCACGAGGAUGCACGGCAUCGACACCGGCGAGAAGAAGGGCAUCAUGAAGAACAUCAACGACAAGCUGCCUAGCGGCGACAAAGACCACCAGCACACCAGUGGCACUUACGGUCAGCAGGCACAAACCGGCACGGCGAUGCAUGGCGCCUCAGCCACGGGCGACACCUAUGGCGAGCAGGGACACACCGAAAUGACCGGCUGGGGGACGCACGGCAACAACGAGAAAAAGGGCGUCAUGGAGGACAUCAAGGCCAAGCUCCCCGGUGGCGACGAUGAUCGCCAGCAAACCGGUGACACCUAUGGGCAGCAGCGACACACCGACACUGCAACACAUGGCACCCUUGCCACCGGCGACACCUACGGGCAGCAGGGACACACCGGGAUAACCGACACGGGGACAUAUGGCACCGGCGAGAAGAAGGGCGCCAUGGAGAACAUCAAGGAGAAGCUCCCUGGUGGCCAUGGUGACCACCAACAGACUGGUGGCACCUACGGGAGCCAGGAAGACACCGAAAUGACUGGAAUCGGGAUGCAUAGCACCACGGCCACAGACGGCAUAGAUGGUCAGCAGGGACACACCGGAAUGACCGGCAGAGUGUCACACGACACCGACGAGAGGAAGGGUGUCAUGGAGAACCUCAAGGAGAAGCUCCCCGACGGCCAUGACGACCACCCGCAGACUGUUCGCACCGACGAGCGCCACGCCGGCACGGGGACGCAUGACACCCCGGCCACCGACGGCACCUAUGGGCAGCACGGACACACUGGAGUGACCGACACAAAGGCGUACGGCUCUGGCGGCACAGGCGAGAAGAAGAGCAUCAUGGAGAACACCAAUCAGAAGCUCCCCGGGGGCCAGAAUGACCGCCAGCAGACCGGUGACACCUACGGGCAGCAAGGACACACCGACACAGCGACGCAUGGCACCCCGUCCACCGGCGGCACCUACGGGCAGCACGGACACACCGGAGUGACCGAUAAGGGAACACAGGGCACCGACGGCAUCGACAAGAAGAAGGAUGCCAUGGAGAACAUCAAGGAGAAGCUCCCCGUUGGCCACGAUGACCACCAGCAUACUGCUGGCACCUACGGGCAGGAUGGACACACUGGAAUGACCGGCACGGAGAUGCAUGGCACCACGGCCACCGACGGUGGGCAGCAAGGACACAACGUAACAACUGGUACUGGGACACACGGCACCGACGGGGCCGGUGAGAAGAAGAGCCUCAUGGACAAGAUCAUGGAGAAGCUGCCUGGACUGAACUAAGCCCGGUCUGCCUACGGCCGCUACCUUUGCAGAAUAAUACUCCACCGCAUAUAAAUUGAUUGAGUCUGGUUCAGAGAAGCGAAUGUAUCUUGGUUUAAGUUUUCAUGGACAACAUGUGUUCACAGUUUUUUUUUUAACAUUGUCGUGCAAAUUUCCUUCUGCUUUAACCCAUGUAUGUAUGCUAUGAUGCCUGCCAGAUCAUGACGGCGCACGUUGCUGCGCCCGUCCAUUUUUUCAAUAGGAUGGUUGGAACUCAUAAAAAUAUAUGGAUAUAUAUUUCACAA